ACUUCCCCCUUUUUCUCUUGGAAGUGGCUGGCAUUCUCAUCUUCUGAGUCCUCCUCCCCCAAUUUAUAGGAGAAGAAGAAUUGAGAGAGAAGAAGAAUUAAGAAAGAGAAAUAAUGGCAUUAUUUCUAAAAAGAUCAACAAACUUAAUCAAACACUUAACUACUACUAAUCAUUCUAGUUUCUUAAGAAUUUCUCAUAAUAAUGUUUGUAAUAAAACCUCUUUUUUGGGCCCUCUAUCCUCUGUUUUUGUGCGUUUGGAGUCUACUAAAGCUGCUGAAUUGAAACUUGAUUCUCUUUUCUACUCUUCUGAAGAUGAUGAACAUGAUCACCCUUCUUCCGAGGGUAUGGAUUUUCCAGGAGGGAAGGUCAUGUUCACAUCACAAAUGAGUUUCAUUGCCGAGUCGGGGAAGAAGAGAGUACCUUGCUAUCGUGUUCUUGAUGAUUGUGGUGAGCCAAUCUCGGGCAAAAUUCAUGAACUUGUGAGCCAAGACAUGGCAACAAGGAUGUAUAGUAGCAUGAUAAAACUUCAAAUAAUGGACACUUAUCUUUAUGAAGCACAAAGACAAGGAAGAAUAUCAUUUUAUAUUACAUCAAAUGGGGAAGAGGCUAUUAAUAUUGCUUCUGCAGCAGCCCUCUCUUCAGAAGACAUAGUUUUCGCUCAGUAUCGCGAGCCUGGAGUGCUUCUAUGGCGUGGUUUCACCUUACAAGAAUUUACAAAUCAGUGUUUUGGAAAUAAGGCGGAUUAUGGGAAAGGACGACAAAUGCCAAUACAUUACGGAUCUAAUAAGCAUAAUUACUUUACAAUAUCAUCUCCUAUCGCAACACAACUUCCUCAAGCAGCAGGAGCUGCUUAUUCUCUUAAAAUUGAUAACAAGGAUGCUUGUGUUGUGGCCUACAUGGGAGAUGGUUGCACUAGUGAGGGGGAUUUUCAUGCUGGUUUGAAUUUUGCUGCUGUGAUGGAAGUUCCCAUUGUUUUCAUUUGUCGCAACAAUGGCUACGCAAUCAGUACUCCUAUCACAGAUCAAUUUCGAAGUGAUGGUGUUGUUGUGAAGGGACAAGCAUAUGGAAUACGUAGCAUUCGAGUUGAUGGAAAUGACGCUCUUGCUGUUUAUAAUGUUGUUCAAGCUGCUCGUGAAAUGGCUAUUUCUGAACAAAGACCUAUUCUUGUUGAGGCUCUAACGUAUCGAGUAGGGCACCACUCUACUUCCGAUGAUUCCACCAAGUAUAGGCCGGCUGAAGAAAUCGAACACUGGAAAAUGGCGAAAAGUCCUGUCACUAAAUUUCAGAAAUGGGUUGAGAGAAAUGGCUGGUGGAAUGAGGAAGAUGAAUUGGAAAUUCGAGACAGGAUUAAGAAAGAGAUAAUUCAAUCCAUUCAAGUGGCAGAAAAAUUGGAAAAACCACCAAUCUCGGAAUUGUUUACAGAUGUGUACGAUCAACCAACAAAAGAUUUGAUUGAGCAAGAAAUAUUGCUUAGGGAAACCAUUAACAAGCACCCUAAAGAUUAUCCAUCUGAUGUUGCUGUGUAAAUCUAGUUGUAUAUAUAUUCUUGGGAUGGUGUACGGUGUACCUCUCUUAGCUUGGAAUGACUGUAGUUGAGAGUUGGUUACUCAUUACUCAUUAGUGUAUAAUAUAAUACUAAUUGUCAAUGUUGUAAGUUGUAACAAAGCCAUCCAUCCAAAAAAAAAAACACAAAGCUAGUCACUUUCCAAACUAAUGCAAUAUAUAAUUAUAUGGAUUUGAAAUUAACAAA